GGUGCGGAGAGGCACUUGGGGGAACACUUUUGCGCCCGAGCCGUGGCUGCAGGAUUUCUCAUUCCCAGACCUUGGCCGGAUGGAGGAGGAGGCAGCGAUGAAGAGGAAGAUGCCCCAGGACACCCAGGCAGAUAAGGAGCCAAGGACAGAGACCAGGGAGGAGAAAUCCCUGGGGCACAACCUCAUGGAAGAGGCCAUUUUGAGCAGCUCCAUGGUGCAGGAAUCCAGUGGGGAGGAAAAUCCCCAGAGAUCCUGCAGGAGGAGGGUCUCCAAACCCAGCCCAGCAUGCUCUGAGGAGGAAAGAUCCACCCUGUGCCGGGAAGGCGGCCGGAGAUCCAGCCAGGGCUCUGAGCUGGUGGUCCAUGAGCAGCUUCAGGAUGGGGAGAAGCCCUACAAGUGCUUGGAGUGUGGGAAGAGCUUCAGCCAGAGCAACCGCCUGAUCUGCCACCAGAUGAUCCACACUGGGGAAUGGGCCUGUGAGUGUGAGAAAUGUGGGAGGGGCUUCAGCUUCAGCUCCAACCUCAUCGUCCACCAGCACAUCCACACUGGGGAGAGGCCCUACGAGUGUCCUCAGUGUGGGAAGAGCUUCUCCCAGAGCUCCAACCUGACCAUCCACCAGAGGAUCCACACUGAGGAACGGCCCUACAAGUGUGGGGAAUGUGGGAUGACCUUUAGCUGGAGGUCCCAACUGACCAUCCACCAGGUGAUCCACACUGGUGAGAGACCCUAUGAGUGUACUGAGUGUGGGAAGAGGUUUCAGACCACCUCAAAUCUCCUCAUGCACCAGAGGAUUCACACAGAUGAGAGGCCCUUCCGCUGCCCUGAUUGUGGGGAGGGCUUCAAGCAAAACUCCACCCUCAUCACCCACCGGCGCAUCCACACUGGGGAGAAGCCCUACGAGUGUGGGGAAUGUGAGAAGAGCUUCAGCGACAGCUCCAGUCUGAUCCGCCACCAGAGGAUCCACACUGGGGAAUGGCCCUACAAGUGUGGGGAAUGUGGGCAGACAUUCAGAGAGAGGUUCAAACUGAUCAUCCACCAGCGCAUCCACACCGGGGAGAGGCCCUACAAGUGUCCCCAGUGUGGGAAGAGGUUUCAGACCAGCUCCUAUCUCCUCCAGCACCAGAGAAUUCACACAGAGGAGAGGCCCUUCCGCUGCCCUGACUGUGGGACGGGGUUCAAAUACAACUCCAACCUCAUCACCCACCGGCGCAUCCACACUGGGGAGAGGCCCUACAAGUGUCCCCAGUGUGGGAAGAGCUUUACCCAGAGCACAGCCUUGGCCCAACACCAACAGAGGCACCAGUAAGGGAAGCCCUACUAGUGCCCCAAGUGCAGGAAGAGCUUGGUUCGCUGCUCCAGCUUCUUUCCCCCCUUGGAGGACUCAAGUUUUGCAGAGCCCUAAUGACCCAUGUUCCCAGUGAUCUGCAUUGGGAGGACACUGGGCUGGUGGUGCUUUUGUUUUGGCUCUAAUUUUCUUCUGAUUCAUCUUCAUCCCUUUAAAACAGACAAAAUUUGGGUAAAAAUCAACAAAUUCAUCAAAGGCAUCUAAAGCCUCACAUUUUACUAGUGCUUCCAGGAAAUCUGGGAGAAACUUGGGAGGGUUUUGGGGGAUAUUUGGUGUAGUUGUCUCCAUUUCUUGGCACUCAAAAAGAUGAGAGAGUUUGAUCUGUCACCUCAAAAUCACUCAAUGCCAUUGAAAACUACUCAGUCCCAUGCCAAAAUUACCAGAUUCCACAGCCUUUCAGAGUGUGAUGCCGUAAGUUUUAGCUUUCAUGUUUUUCAUAUUCUGCGCUGCCUAGGUUUGUAGUUUGUAGUUUGUAGAACUUCAUAUCAAGUGUUAGUGAGCUCUCUUCACAGAGUAGGUAGACAAAACAAUUCCUUUUCUAGCUUGAUACAAAGGACAGCUGUGACGAGUUUCAGGCCCAAAAGCAUAAACAGGGGUGGACUGAAGACAGAAAACAAGAAAGAUGGGACUUCAUCUUGUGAAGCGGUAAUUGGACCAUGAACCCAAAUGUCCUGGUUUAGGGCAAAAUUUGGGAGAAAACCUCCAGUGGGGCUCCCC